CAUUCCCGACAAUGGUGGAAUUUAUAAUCCAGCAUCAAAUAUUCAACAGCUUGGCCAGCUCCCAUACAAAGGAGGCUUUAACGUGUUUUCCAACCGGUAACGACGAUUUCAUCUAUCUUUUCCCACGUUUUCCCCCCCCUCUCUCUCUUCCACCGCAGGAACCCAAUUACAGAAGACGAAAAGCAGAGGAUCCCAGAGUUUUCUCCCUUGUUCUUGAUUCAAAAUUUAUCAAAUGGGGAUAAAUCGACCAGGACCAAGAUUCCUGUUGAAUCAAUCGAUUUUGAUGUUGUAGAUAGCAAAUUUUUGUUGCUUAUCAUUAGGGAAUAUAUUGGGUUUCAAUUUCUUGGAAGAAUUCUAGGGUUUGAGGGAACACUAUGAAGGCCAUGGAGACCCUUCAAGAUCUGAUAGAAGAAGUAAAAGUUCGAGCGGUUUGGUGGGGUUUGUGUAUAUUUUCUGUUUGUUACUUUUUAACACACACCAGUACAUCAAUGUGGAUGAAUCUACCUAUAGCUUUACUCUUGGUUUCUGGAUCACGCAUAUUGUUUAAUAAAGUGGAGUUCCGCUGGAAAGUUUGGAAUGUCCGACCACCAACAUACUUGGCCCACUUAGAAAAGAAGCAGCUAUCUGUGAAUGAUAGUCGACUUUCUACCUCACCACCCACACUGAAAUGGAAGAGGAAAAUCGGUGCUCCACUCGUAGAGGCAGCAGCAGAGGAGUUUAUUGACAAGGUUUUGCAUGAUUUUGUGAUAGAUUUGUGGUACUCCGAUAUUACACCUGACAAGGAGGCACCAGAGCUGAUACAUGAAAUAAUCAUGGAUGUCCUUGGUGAAAUAUCUGGAAGAGUGAAAGGAAUUAACCUUGUAGAGCUGUUGACAAGGGAUGUGGUGGACCUGGUAGGAGAUCACCUAGACCUUUUCCGCAGGAACCAGAUAGCUAUUGGCGUGGACGUCAUGGGUACAUUGUCUUCGGAAGAAAGGGAUGAAAGGUUAAAGCACCAUCUCUUGGUCUCUAAAGAACUCCACCCUGCUUUGAUAUCAGCUGAGAGUGAGUACAAGGUACUUCAACGGCUCAUGGGUGGAAUCUUAGCUGUUGUGCUAAGACCCAGAGAAGCGCAAAGCCCCUUGGUUCGAUGUAUUGCCAGAGAACUAAUAACUUCUUUAGUUAUACAGCCUCUUCUGAAUUUUGCAAGCCCUGCGUAUAUUAAUGAGUUGAUUGAAUGCAUUUUCCUUGCAUAUAAUGAUGAGGGGUGUAAGGAGUCUGGUGAUGGUAAAUCGACUAAAGUAGAAAGUCAUAAUCGCAAUCAGGGUUCUCCAUUAGACACUGUAAUAUGUUCAGAAUCUGAUCAUAAACAGAAAACACCUACCAAGAGUCAGGGGACUGAUGUCUCACUCUGCCAAUAUGACCAUCGAAGAGAAUUAUCAUCAGCUAGUGCAGGAAGUUCAAUUUCUGGUUCGAUUCAAGACGAGGCUAACCAUCUACGGCCCGCUGACUGGGCUCGUGUCCUUGAAGCAGCCUCCCAGAGAAGAACAGAAGUUCUGAUGCCUGAAAAUCUUGAGAACAUGUGGACUAUCGGCAGAAAUUAUAAGAAAAAACUCCAAAAGAAUUCUGCCUCGGGAGGAGUUCAGGUUCCUGGAGUAAAGGUUACAGUAAGCAGUGGAAAAGAUGCGGGGAAAGAAUUACCAACUCAGAAAUCUGAAGUAGCCAUGAUAAUGGAAGAUAAACCACAUGAUCCAAAUCAGCCACAUGAUCAGAGAAGUCAUCCCUUGCAUUUGUCUCAAGAGCUGAUAAAGGAAGCUCCGUCCAAGGGAGGAGUUCUCUAUGAUGUUGACAAUGCUUCUGCCAUUGUUGCAUAUGAGACUAAGAGUAGGCUUAAGAAAUCAAAUAGUACAUCUGAUUUAAUUAUCCAACAAAAUACUGAAGAUUUGUUUAUGAGCAAAGUUGGUGGAUCCAUUAUAUCAGAGUUCUAUAGUGCAGAAUUUAGGAAUGCAGUACCUAGCACUAUGAGUGCUUCAGACAUGGUGAUUCGUGGUGAGGGACAUCAUCGUCCAAAGCUGAAGUGCAGAGUUUUGGGUGCAUAUUUUGAGAAGCUGGGCUCAAAAUCUUUUGCUGUAUAUUCAAUCGCCGUUACUGAUGCCAAUAACAGUACAUGGUUUGUAAAGAGAAGAUACAGGAACUUCGAGAGAUUGCAUAGACACCUGAAAGAUAUUCCUAAUUACACAUUGCAUUUGCCUCCUAAGAGGAUAUUUUCGUCGAGUACAGAAGAUGCAUUCGUUCAUCAGCGUUGCAUUCAGCUUGACAAAUAUCUGCAAGAUCUCUUGUCAAUUGCCAAUGUGGCUGAGCAGCAUGAGGUGUGGGAUUUUCUCAGUGCCUCUUCCAAGAACUACUCCUUUGGAAAAUCUUCUUCAGUGAUGAAAACGCUGGCAGUUAACGUGGAUGAUGCUGUGGAUGAUAUUGUACGUCAAUUUAAAGGCGUUUCUGAUGGCUUGAUGCGUAAAGUUGUUGGCUCUCCUUCAUCUUCUUCUUAUGAUCCCACUAUCUCUACUUCAGACAGAAAUUUGUCUUGGAACGUGGAGGAAAUACAUAAACUGGCUUUAACACAAAGUAAGUCUGAGUCAGUUAAUAGCUUCUCUGACAAUGAUGACGUUGAUAAAGAUGGAAGCCACGGGCACGAGGAAGUAGGACCUAGUUCAGAAGACAAUGAGUGUCAUUCGGACAAUGAGUUGAAUUCUAAAGGAUUUCCCCCUCGGGUGGUUAAACGUGAUGAAGAGAUGAUAAGCUCAGCAGCUGAUUUGAAGAAUGGUUCUGGGCUACAACGUAAAUCUUUCAGUUCUGGAGGAUUUCCAGAGACAAGUUUGGCAGUAGUUCCCAGUCAACAAGAGGAUCCAGUUGGAGUGCCACCAGAGUGGACGCCGCCCAAUUUAAGUGUACCUAUCUUAAAUUUGGUGGACAAGAUUUUUCAGCUGAACAGAAGAGGCUGGCUAAGAAGACAGGUAUUUUGGAUAUCAAAGGAAAUUAUGCAGUUAAUGAUGGAGGAUGCUAUUGAUGAUUGGCUGUUAAGGCAAAUUCAUUGGCUACGGAGAGAGGAUGUUAUUGCUCAGGGAAUUAAAUGGAUUCAAGAUGUUCUCUGGCCCAAUGGCACUUUCUUCAUAAAAUUAAGAAAUAUUGUUGAAACCAGCAACGAACCAAAUCAAGGAUCCGUUCAUACCACGAAACAAGCUGGAGGAAGUAAGGUCUCCAAGGCAGGAUCUUUUGAGGAGCAGCUUGAGGCUACUCGUAGGGCAAGUGAUGUGAAAAAGAUGCUCUAUGAUGGUGCUCCCUCCACUUUGGUCAGCUUAAUUGGGCACAAGCAGUACAGACGUUGUGCUAGGGAUUUGUAUUACUUCCUUCAGUCUACUAUCUGUUUAAAGCAGCUUACAUAUGGUGUCCUCGAACUUGUACUUAUAUCUGUCUUCCCUGAGCUGAGGGAUCUUGUGAAGGAUAUCCAUGAGAAGGCACACGCUCAACCUGUAUAGGCUGCCUCUCUUUUUUCUCAGUAACUACGUCAAUGAGCUCUUUUAACUUUGACUCUGCCUAUAGAUUCAAAAUCCUCCUGAAAAGCUGGGAGGGAGAGCAAAUCUUAGGCCCGGGAGGAUGGAAACUUAGUGACUUGAUUUUGUCAUCUUUUUUUUUUUUUGGUCUAGGGUCUUGAGGUACCGGAAAUUCUUUAUGGAAUGCCAAGGAUAGCAGCAAAUGCUCUACUUUUGCCUUCUCAUUGUACAAAGUGUGCAUUAGAAUUUGUAUAGUUAUCGGUUUUUGGUGUGCAGUCUUGUAUAUUCAUUUGAUAUCACCACCUGGAUGAUAUAACUAGUCGGACUGAUGACUAAAUGCAUUUCAUGAUGCAUCCAAUUUUUGCUCUUGCCAUUGGGAGUUGGUUCUAUCUCCUCCCUAGGUGUGCAUACAUUUUACCCUCUUUAGACUUGUAGGAUUGUACUGAGUAUGUUGUUGCAUUGAGAGUUUGUGAAGUUUAUUUAUUUAUUUAA